UAGAUCUGGUGACUGUGGAGGCAAUCUCAGUGUAGUGAACUUACUGUCAUAAGUGCCUCUCUUGGAUUAAUACCACCGCAAAAUAAUUAUCCGACCAAUGAGCUUACAGGACCGACUGCGGUAAUGAAUACGCUACACCCCUCACGUUCCCAGCAUGCAUUGUGGAGAGAGAGUGAGAGAAAGAGAGUGAGGGGGACUUGGCUGGGAGGCUGAGGAGGACCGCGGACCUGAGCGCAAAAGAAGAAGAGGCAGCAGCAUCAGUAGAAGAAGACGAAGGGUCAUCGCCCGACACUUGCUGAUAACUGACAAUUGCCGCUCAGGACUACAGGCAUUCUUCCCUCUCACCUCUGGCCUGACUGACCCACCAGCCCAUCACCAUGAACUACCUUCGCCGGCGCCUGUCAGACAGCAGCUUUGUGGCCAACCUCCCCAACGGCUACAUGAUGGAUCUGCAGAGGCCGACCCCGCCAGGCUCAUCAACUUCUUCUCCUGCCUCCCCAGCCACAGAGAGGCGGCAGCCCCCGAGCGUCCCAAGCCAGCCUCAAGCCUCGGGCGUAUCCUCUGGCUCAGCCUCUGGUCCGGCCUCAGGCUCAGGGAGCUUCCUCAGCUCCUUCUCCAGCGUGGUGAAGAGUGCACAGAUGGCCCAGAAUGUGGCGGCUGCCGCGCAUGCUAAGUCAGCAGCGGCAGCGGCGGCUGCUGAAGGCGCCUCUGCAGGAGGUGUUCAGCCGGCCAAGCCUGUGAUACGCAAGCCUAAGAUCCUGCUGGUGAUUGAUGAUCAGCACACAGACUGGGCCAAGUAUUUCCGAGGGAAAAAGCUGAACGGGGAGUACGAGAUCCGCGUCGAGCAGGCAGAGUUCUCAGAGAUCAACUUGGCUUCCUACGUUAACUCGGGAUGUAUGGUGGACAUGCAGGUCAAUAAAGGUGGCACCAAAGUGAUCAGGUCCUUCAAGCCAGACUUUGUUCUGAUUCGCCAGCACGCCUACAGCAUGAUUCCCGGUGAGGACUUCAGGAAUCUUGUCAUCGGCCUCCAUUUUGGCGGCGUCCCGAGCGUCAACUCAAUCUUCUCCAUAUACAACUUCUGCAGCAAACCCUGGGUGUUUUCUCAAAUGAUUAAGCUGUACCGCUCCCUCGGCCCUGAGAAAUUCCCCCUGAAUGAACAAACUUUUUAUCCCAACCACACACAGAUGCUCACAAGUCCAUCCUUCCCUGUGGUUGUGAAGAUGGGCCACGCCCACGUCGGCAUGGGAAAGAUUAAAGUCGAAAACCAACAGGACUUCCAGGACAUCACCAGCGUGGUGGCUCUGGCAGGGACGUACGCCACCACCGAGCCGUACAUCCAGUCCAAGUACGAUAUCAGGAUCCAGAAGAUCGGCAGCAACUACAAAGCUUACAUGAGAACAUCCAUUUCUGGUAACUGGAAGGCCAACACAGGUUCUGCCAUGUUGGAACAGAUCGCAAUGACUGACAGAUAUCGUAUGUGGAUAGACUCCUGCGCUGAGAUGUUUGGGGGCCUAGACAUCUGCGCUGUGAAGGCCGUGCAUGGAAAAGACGGGAACGACUACAUUAUCGAGGUGAUGGACAGUUCAAUGCCUCUGAUUGGCGAGCAUGUGGAGGAGGAUAAACAGCUGAUCACAGAGCUGGUCAUCAACAAGAUGGCCCAGGUGCUGCUGGGAGUUUCCAUGCCUCAGCCUUCUACUGUUAAGACCACGCAGCCCAGACGAGGGGGACAUCGUUCCGCUUCUGCCUCUCCAUCUCAGUCGGCCCAGGGAUCCCCUCAGAGAGCCCGGUCUGCCACUACGUCUCCCAGCCAGGCGUUCCAGCCCGGUCCCAUCCCUGCCUCUUCUGGACCUGGAGCUGGGAAACAAUCACCGCAGCUGAACAAAUCGCAGUCGCUGACAAACAGCUUCACGGAGACGUUACGAGGAAGCUUGACCGACGACGAGGCCAAAGCCGAGACCAUCCGCUCCCUCCGACAGUCCUUUGCCAGCCUCUUCUCUGACUAAAAACAUCCCUACCGCUUUCCUCUUCCUGUCAUCAGGUUUCAGAAAAUAAUAAUAAUUGCUUACUCUGUUUGUUAUGGAGUCGCCUCUCUCCUUUCCAUGUUUGUGAAGUUUAACACUGGUGCAACCCUCUGUCUUCAAAUCAGUGAUCAAUCUAUCACUAGAAAGGCCAGUGGAUUUCAGAGGACCUACACCAUGUUGACUGGAGAUGGUAGAUUUUAAGAUGUCACCAAACCCCCCGUUCACGUUCUAAUUAUUCCAUAUUCAGGUUUAAUCUACGAAACUCCUGAAACAUUUCUAGUCACUCCAAUGUUGUGUUGAAACCUAAAACCUGUCCAUAGAAAUUGAACUUCCUAGAAAGCAAAACCAGCCAAUGGCCUUUUUAGUGGUAGGUGAUCACAGUAGAUAUUCAUAUUCUCGCUCGUGCUGCUUGGUAUAUAAUUGUUAUUCUGCAUUCUCUUUGUCCGACCGGUGAAACUAUUUCUAUGUUCAUAUUUCUACAUUUAUGUACAUCCGUCUAUCUUCAGUUUCUUUAUUCGACACACAGCUUCCAAAUUGUUUGCAGAUGUCCAUGGCAAUAUUCUGAUCUGAACCAGUUCCACUUGAGUCAUGAGAAGCGUACUGAAUCCUCUCGCUUCACCAGCGGUCUCUUAUUAAGCAUCUUAGCCAGCAGCAGCAUUUCUCAGACAUCCGUGUGCUGUAGACACAUAUUGGCUUAUGUAGUGACUCCUCUGCCUUGGCCUAACUUUACCAAAGUGCUUUUUAAUAACAAAAAAAGAACAGUUUUUUUUAAAGAAACAACCCCCUUAACUUGUUUGAGAUCACAAUCACACAGAAAAACCUUUGAGCUUGUGAUUUUUUUUAACGAGGUGCAAAUGCUGUACUGGCUUACAGCCAUCGUCUUCCAUCACAGCUCUGCUCUUCCCCAGCAAAUUGUUCCUUUUCUUAAUCUUUUAUGCUUUGUUAAUAGCACCGUGGGGUAUUUGUUGGUGUGGGGACUGAUCUAGCAACUAGUACUGGUGAGUCUUUAGAAGCAAACAGCAAGGCUCUGAUAUUUUAAUCAUCUGUCUCUUGUUCUCUGUCAGCUAGGAUUGCAGCUCAUUUAUUGUAGUUCUUUUUAGGAGUUUUGCUCUGUAGCAGAUAUAACCUACGCACACAUAUACCUGCAGGAAUGGCAGCCAUCCUCUUCUAACAUCCGUCACUGUUUUGGAUCUGCAUGUAAAUGAAUGUGAUGUGUGGAGCCAACCUGUUUUCUUCCACAGUUUAUUUGAUGGGAGCUGACGCUUACUUUGAAUUUUCUGGGGGAAAAAAGUGCAUUUUUGGGUAACUUAUUAUGAAAUUAGACACCAAGUACUUUUGGUUUAUCGUAGAUGAACUAUGUAGAUUUUCAGCAUAUUUCGCAAGAUGGAAUGUGCAUACGCAAUGAAGCCUUCAAAGAAAAACUCUUAAUUGAUGACUGAUGGCAAAGAUCUCUUAUGACUAUUCAUUGGAUCUGAAGGGUAUGCAAAACAUCUUAGUUUACCAAAGUCUUAAAUUUCCAAAAUAUUCUUUUAAAAAAAAUGUUCAAAAAAUAAUGAGUGAGCUACAGCUUUUAGCUUCUUGUAGCAGCAAGCUCAAAGACACAAACUGACUACAUGGUUUUGCUUUCCAUGCAAAGAACAAUCAAAGUAUGAUACUCUAAAUAAAUUGGUACUUUUAUUAGAAAAUUAUCAAAAUAGUAAUGGUAAAUAAUAGUUAUAUCUUGUGACUUAGAAUGAGCCUGUAAUAGUUUCUCCCACCUUCCAUUUAAUUCAGAAUCUGGAUCUUUAGUAGAUAAAUGAUAAUCCCAAAGCCAGUGUUAAAUGAUGAAAGUUCCAGAAAAGGAGAAAAAAGUUAACUAGCCAUUUUUGCAAUAAUUACAUUCAUUGCAGGAAAAAAAAUGCCACCACAGAUUGCAUAUUUAUCCUGCAAAACACGGAAACAUUACAGUGGCAUUGACUAAAGAGAGCAUGGCUUAGCAGAUGUAAAUAAAGUGAAUUCAGGCUUCGUUUAGUUUCCUUAGCUUCAGCUUCUACUUAUAAAUUUAACUAACAGGUUUCUUUCUUCCUUUGAAGCAAUGUUACUGUGGUGGCAAUUUUUUUCUGCAUUUUUCAAAUGGCUGGUUCUUGAGUUCAACUAGAAAGCUAACUAGCUAGCUAGAAUGCGGCUAGUCAGCUAAUGGAUUUUAGCAGUAGUGGUUUAUUAGCUUGCUACACCAAAGGGGACGCCAUGGGUUUGUUAAAAAUAAAUUAGUAAAUUAAACUUAAAUAUGCAUUUCUGAUGGAAACGGUUUGAGGCUAAACAUACUAGGAUACACGAAACAACAGAAUAAUGCUAACUAAAAAUCAAUUACAUAAAAGUGCUAAUUAUUCCUAAAUAACUUCAAGAAGACCAUUUCAAAUUUUAGUCUAGCUAAAUUUUAUUUAAAUCAUGGCCAUUCUAUCUUCCAGAGGGGAUGUUCCACUUUAAUAAAAGCAUUUGUGAGUUUUCAAUGCUAGCUUGGUCAACUUGGUUGGGGUUUCAAAUGUCUAAAAUUCCACAAAUGUAUUUAUUUAUUUAUAAAGAGCAGGUUCAAUCUGCUCGUGUUAACCACCCUUGAUAAUUUAAAUAUUACUUUAUUUUUUUAAGUGCUCAUUACGCUUUAAAGUAACAACAUUGUGGUUUUCCACUGUAGGCAGUAAGCUAAUUCUCCUGUCAGUUGUCAUGCUAGGGCAGAUAAACACUAAUGUAAUAAUUACUUAGCUUGUAUUUUUCAUUUUGGAAUAAUGAAAAUAUUGACAUUGCUUACUGUGAUUCUUUUGUUUCAAGUUAUUGCUGGCUGUAUUAAUUCUGACUUUUUGUCAAAUUCUCAUCUGUAAUCUCAGAUUUACUGCAGUGUCUUGUGUUAAACACUUUUGCAAGCAUCUCGUAGCUUUUGGUACUGUGUCAAAGUGGACCAAAUCUGCAUUUGAUUGUGAGGCCCCUUAAAGGUUUACAUUAAAUUGUUCCAUCUUACCUGUAAAGAUUAUUGCCACUUCAUAUAUAAUACUGCAGUGUGAUAAGCCAUAACCAAACCGAGAGUAUUUCCUAUCCCUUAUGUGCCACGCAAUAAUGGCUGUGACGUUGCUGAAAAAUUGAAAUGUUAACUUUAAACACUGUGUCUAUAGCCUAACUUGUCCUGGAGAGAAACAGCAGUUACUCUUUCUGGAUAUCAAGGUUAUCUCAAGAUAUAAUUAUUUGCUCAUUCUGUCAGGGUGAAAGAUGAAAGAACUAUGAUGUCACUUUUCUCACAUUUUGGGUUUAAAAUACAGUUUAGGAUCUGGCAUGUUCCAUAAAUCUGUUUUAUUGGGUCAAAUUAUAAACAAUGACCGGACAUCAAAUAAUUUUAGUUUUGUCACUACUGUAGGUUUGCUUCCCUUUUGUCUGAGGGUCAGAUGUGGACCCGUACCUGAUAGUUUCUGAGCUGAUUUAAUUGGAACUGAGCUGCAAUGUUGAUUGGUAACUACCUCAAGUUCAGCAGUGCUCUGCUGAAACUGACAAUAGAGUGGUAGUACUGGACAAGAUUUUGUGCACUGAGCAUGGCUUCAUGUUAUAACUGAUGUGCUCAUAAAACAAUAAACCUGCUGUGGUAAAACAACAUCUAAGUGCAGAAGGAAUAAGAGGAAUACAAUUUUGUUAAAGUCAAAUAUCGAGUCACACAUUUUAAAAUUCUUUGUCUCAAAAUUUCCCCCCCAGUUUAUACAUUUCUCCAGUUUUUCAAAAUGGUAUUUAAUUUUAUAAAUUGUCUUUCCUCUUUCAUAACAUUUCAGUUAAAGAAAACAUUUUGUAAAGUGUUACUAGAAUGCAAUAUAAAUUGAAAUGAUUUGGGCUCUUGAAGGUAUCUGUGUCAAAAUCUUAUUUGAAUAUUGUAUCUUUAUUAUUUCAAGUGAUGUUGUGCUUACUAUACUGUACAUGUUACAGAUUUCAUAUUUAUGACAGAUAUUUUGAUGUCACUUUUCAGAAUUUUACUUCCUUUAUGAUGAAACAUAGACUGUAUAUCAAAGAUGGACAUGGCCACUGCGCUAGCAUGUGUUGGUUUGUAGUUAACAAUCCCAGAGCUUUCACUUUCACAUUUUGGUCAUCAACAUUUUGGUCUUUUGAGUGUAUUUGGAGCUGAUUAGUUAACACUUAGACUAGCUAGUUAGACUUGUUACCAAAGUGCAUCCGUUAUUCACUGUGAUAUUAAUUUGGAUGCCAGUUUUUGCUAACACCAGGCUUAAACCAAAUGUGUAAACAUAAAAAGGCUGUCCCCCUAAAACCCCUAGUGCUGAAAAAGCAAGGAUGAAAUUACAAUUAGGAGGUUAGCUUACUGUCAUUAACAACUUAACCAUGGGCUAAAGCACUGCUAGCUUUAAAUAGACUUAAAGCUAGCAUUUAAGACCAUAAAUACAUCAAAGUGUGAGAAUUUUCCCAUUUCAAUGGAAAUUUACAAUGGAAUCCAGUAGAGUCGCCCCCUGCUGUCAUUUAGAGAAAAUGCAGGUUUAAGGCACAUCCUCACCAGCUUCACUUUUCAUGUCCAUCUUUAACAUACAGUUUGUGGGUUUAAAAGGGCACUCUCACAGGUAUUUACGCCCCAGGUUUACUUCUGCUCGCUCUCUUUGUCUCUAUAGAUGUAAGCAUUUCUAGUAAUCCCAAAAGGCCGA